AGAGCAUUCAAAGAGGAGGCGGAGGAGCGUGCAUUCAAAGAGGAGGAGGGAGAGGAGCGCACAUUCGAGGAGGUGAAAGAGGAGGAGGCAGAGGAGCGCGCAUUCAAAGAGGAGCAGAGAGCAUUCACGGCGGAGGAGAGAGCAUUCACAGCGGAGCAGAGAGCAUUCAAAGAGGAGGCGGAGGAGAGAGCAUUCACAGAGGAGCAGAGAGCAUUCACAGAGGAGGCGGAGGAGAGAGCAUUCACAGCGGAGCAGAGAGCAUUCAAAGAGGAGGCAGAGGAGAGAGCAGUCACAGAGGAGGCGGAGGAGCGAGCAUUCACAGCGGAGCAGAGAGCAGUCACAGAGGAGGCGGAGGAGAGAGCAUUCACAGCGGAGCAGAGAGCAGUCACAGAGGAGGCGGAGGAGAGAGCAUUCACAGAGGAGCAGAGAGCAUUCAAAGAGGAGGCGGAGGAGGCGGAGGAGCGAGCAUUCACAGCAGAGCAGAGAGCAGUCACAGAGGAGGCGGAGGAGAGAGCAUUCACAGAGGAGCAGAGAGCAGUCACAGAGGAGCAGAGAGCAGUCACAGAGGAGGCGGAGGAGAGAGCAUUCACAGAGGAGCAGAGAGCAUUCAAAGAGGAGGCGGAGGAGGCGGAGGAGCGAGCAUUCACAGCAGAGCAGAGAGCAGUCACAGAGGAGGCGGAGGAGAGAGCAUUCACAGAGGAGCAGAGAGCAGUCACAGAGGAGGCGGAGGAGAGAGCAUUCACAGAGGAGCAGAGAGCAGUCACAGAGGAGGCGGAGGAGAGAGCAUUCACAGCGGAGCAGAGAGCAUUCAAAGAGGAGGCGGAGGAGAGAGCAUUCAAAGAGGAGGCAGAGGAGGAGGCAGAGGAGCGAGCAUUCACAGAGGAGCAGAGAGCAGUCACAGAGGAGGCGGAGGAGAGAGCAUUCAAAGAGGAGGCAGAGGAGCGUGCAUUCAAAGAGGAGGCAGAGGAGCGUGCAUUCAAAGAGGAGCAGAGAGCAGUCACAGAGGAGGCGGAGGAGAGAGCAUUCACAGAGGAGCAGAGAGCAGUCACAGAGGAGGCGGAGGAGAGAGCAUUCACAGCGGAGCAGAGAGCAUUCAAAGAGGAGGCGGAGGAGAGAGCAUUCAAAGAGGAGGCAGAGGAGGAGGCAGAGGAGCGAGCAUUCACAGAGGAGCAGAGAGCAGUCACAGAGGAGGCGGAGGAGAGAGCAUUCAAAGAGGAGGCAGAGGAGCGAGCAUUCAAAGAGGAGGCAGAGGAGCGUGCAUUCAAAGAGGAGCAGAGAGCAGUCACAGAGGAGGCGGAGGAGAGAGCAUUCACAGAGGAGCAGAGAGCAGUCAUAGAGGAGGCAGAGGAGAGAGCAUUCACAGCGGAGGAGCGAGCAUUCAAAGAGGAGCAGGCGGAGGAGCGAGCAUUCAAAGAGGAGCAGGCGGAGGAGAGAGCAUUCAAAGAGGAGCAGGUGGAGGAGAGAGCAUUCAAAGAGGAGCAGAGAGCAGUCACAGAAGUGGAGAACAGGGAAGAGGAGGAAGAAGUAGAUGGGAACACUGACCCAGGAGAGAUCUCCAACCCAGGUUCAGACAGUGAGCCCAGUUCCACAGCAUCAGGAAACCAUAAACAACACAGACAGAGGAACUCAGGACAGAAACAUCACCACUGCAUGGACUGCUUCACUAGUUUCUAUGAUCCAGAGGAGAUGAGAAGGCACACUUGUAGGCCCCGCCCCUGCUCAGAUUGCAAAGGCAGCUUUAUUUGUCCAAUUCACCUCAAAUCAAAACAGACUCAAAAAAGGAUUAUGACAUACCCGUGUGGUCAAUGUGAGAAGAUAUGUGAAACACCAAGCAAACUCAAGACGCACCAGAUAACUCACACAGGAGAGAAGCCAUACCACUGCUCUGUUUGCGGAAAGGGUUGCAGUCAUUCAGAUCAACUAAAGACACACCAGAGAACUCACACAGGAGAGAAGCCUUAUCAUUGCUCCCAAUGUGGAAAGAAUUUCAGUCAGUUAUCUACUCUGAGAAAACACCACCUAACUCACACAGGAGAGAAGCCUUACCUCUGCUCUCAUUGUGGGAAGAGUUUCCGUCAGUUAGCCAACCUAAAUGCACACCAGUUAAUUCACACAGGAGAGAAGCCAUACCACUGUUCUCAGUGUGGGAAGGAUUUCAGACAUCCAAGAGACUUAAAGUCACACCAGAGAACUCACACAGGAGAGAAGCCUUACCACUGCUCCCAAUGUGGGAAGAGUUUCAGUCAGUUGUCAACUUUGAAAAAACACCAGCUAACUCACACAGGAGAGAAGCCUUACCUCUGCUCUCAAUGUGGGAAGAGUUUCAGCAGGUUAUGUGAAAUGAAGGCACACCAGCUAACUCACACAGGAGAGAAGCCUUACCACUGCUCUCAAUGUGGGGAUAGUUUCACCAGUUUAUAUUUCCAAAAGAAACACCAGCUGAUUCACACAGGAAAAAAGUCAUUUCACUGCUCACAGUGUGGGAACAGUUUUAGUCAAUCAUCAACUCUGAAGACUCAUCAGAUAACUCACACAGGAGAGAAGGCCUUCCACUGCCGUCAGUGUGGGAAGAGUUUCAGUCAUUUAUCAACUCUGAAGACUCAUCAGAUAACUCACACAGGAGAUAAGCCUCACGUCUGCUCUCAGUGUGGGAAGAGUUUCAGUCUGGUAGGAAACCUUAAGCGACACCAGCUAUCCCACACAGUAGAGAAGCUUUACUGUUGCUCUCAUUGUGGGAAGAGUUUCAGUCAAUCAUCAGCUUUAAAGAAACACCAGAGAACUCACAAGGAGGAGGCGGAGGAGAGCGCAUUCAAAGAGGAGGAGGCGGAGGAGAGCGCAUUCAAAGAGGAGGAGGCGGAGGAGAGAGCAUUCAAAGAGGAGGAGGAGGCGGAGGAGAGAGCAUUCAAAGAGGAGGUGGAGGAUAGAGCUUUCAAAGAGGAGGAGGCAGAGGAGAGAGCAGUCACAGAAGUGGAGAACAGGGAAGAGGAGGAAGAAGUAGAUGGGAACACUGACCCAGGAGAGAUCUCCAACCCAGGUUCAGACAGUGAGCCCAGUUCCACAGCAUCAGGAAGCCAUAAACGACACAGACAGAGGAACUCAAGACAGAAACAUCAUCACUGCAUGGACUGCUUCACUAGUUUCUAUGAUCCAGAGGAGAUGAGAAGGCACACUUGUAGGCCCCGCCCCUGCUCAGAUUGCAGUGGCAGCUUUAUUUGUCCAACUCACCUCAAAUCAAAACAGACUCAAAAAAGGAGGAAGGUGUACUCAUGUGGUCAAUGUGGGAAGAGAUUUCAAACACCAAGCAAACUCAAGACGCACCAGAGAACUCACACAGGAGAGAAGCCAUACCACUGCUCUGUUUGUGGGAAGGGUUUCAGUCAGUCGAACCAACUAAAGACACACCAGAGAACUCACACAGGACAGAAGCCUUACCACUGUUCUCAGUGUGGAAAGAGUUUCAGUUGGUUUCACAGCCUGAAGACACACCAGAUAACUCACACAGGGGAGAAGCCUUACCACUGCUCGCAGUGUGGAAAGCAUUUCAGUCUGGUAGGAAACCUAAAGAGACACCACCUAACCCACACAGUAGAGAAGCCUUACCGCUGUUCUCAUUGUGGGAAGAGUUUCAGUCAGUUACACCAUCUAAAGACACACCAGUUAAUUCACACAGGAGAGAAGCCAUAUCACUGCUCUCAAUGUGGGAAGAGUUUCAGUCAUCCAAAAGACUUAAAGUCGCACCAGAGAACUCACACAGGAGAGAAGCCAUUCCACUGCUCCCAAUGUGGAAAGAGUUUCAGUCAGUUAUCAACUCUGAAAAAACACCAGCUAACUCACACAGGAGAGAAGCCUUAUCACUGCUCUCAAUGUGGGAAGCGUUUCACCAGGUUAUAUCAACUGAAGGCACACCAGAUAACGCACACAGAAGAGAAACCUUACCAUUGCUCUCAAUGUGUUGAUAGUUUCACCAGUACAUAUUUCCUAAAGAAACACCAGCUAAUUCACACGGGAGAAAAGCCAUUCCACUGCUCCCAGUGUGGGAAGAAUUUCAGUCAUUCAUCAACUUUGAAGACACAUCAAAUAACUCAUUCAGGAGAGAAGACUCACCACUGCUCUCAGUGUGGGAAGAGUUUUGGUCAUUCAUCAACUCUCAAGACACAUCAGAUAACUCACUCAGGAGAGAAGCCUCACCGCUGCUCUCAGUGUGGGAAGAGUUUCAGCCAGUCAUCAACUUUGAAGAAACAUCAGAGAACUCACUCAGGAGGAAAGCUAUGUCAUCAGAGCUGAAGACACUUAGCUUAUUCACAUAGGGGAGAAGCCUAAACUCUGCUGUCAAUAUGGGGAUAGUUUCACCAGUUUAUAGUAAUAAAAUAUAACACCAACUGAUUAUGACUAACAAUACCUUACCUGGUUAUUUAAAUGGAGUUAAAACUCGCAAAGGAGUGUGGAACAUGCUGUCUGUGUGGAAAGCUUCCGUCGGUCAUCAGAUUUGAAGACACAGCAUUUAACUCGCACAGUAGAGAAGCCUUACUGUGUUCGGGAGUUGUUUGAAUAUUGUUUAUUGAAAUGAAGCUGCUAUGUUCUGGGGUGGCAGGGUAGCCUAGUGGUUAGAGCAUUGGACUAGUAACCGGAAGGUUGCAAGUUCGAAUCCCCGAGCUGACAAGGUACAAAUCUGUCAUUCUGCCCCUGAACAGGCAGUUAACCCACUGUUCCUAGGCCGUCAUUGAAAAUAAGAAUUUGUUCUUAACUGACUUGCCCGGUUAAAUAAAGGUAAAUAAAAAUGUUCACAAUAAGCCAUUAUCAUCAUGUCACUUUUUCAGGAAUCACCAAAAAGUCAGCACUGCAGAGAAAAGGCAGUUUUACAGAAACUGUAUGUGUUUUGUUGGUGCUUAAAACAGACAUGGCUUGUCGAUGUCAGUAUGUCCACUAUACAGCUGUCCUUUUGGGAAUGCAAUACUUUCUAUACCAGCAGACCUUCCGCAGCCACAACGGACAAUUCAGUGAAGUUGUAUUUGCCAUUGUGGAAUCCAUAGCUAAUAUCUGUCCAUAGAGAAUCCUCAGUAAUCAGACAUCAUAUAUUCUAGUUGGAUUUCUAUAAUCACAUUUUUUUUUUAAAGUUGAAAAAAAUUAUAUAAUUUAGUAACAAAAAAUGUAUGCAACAAAAACUUCUAAUUAGAGGAAUAUAACCAAAAAAUGAAUAAACAUAUAUUGUAUUUCAAUUACUAUG